GUGUUCACGUGAUGGGAUGUUUCUUUCACUGCAAUUCAUCAGAGUUGUUUCUCUCUGCAGAAGACUUGUGGUCUUGUCCAGCUCUUCAAAAUCUAGCUGGAAAAGGGGUUUUGUCCAGAAUCGAAAGCUAUCCUAAAGAGAUCCAGAUGGGCUUGAUUUUCAGCAGACCACCUGGCCCACGCCCACUGAGUUUUGAAAGUCUCCUGAGAGUGAGAUCUCGUUUGCAGUCUCAAGGGAAAAUGACCAACGAGCUGAGAAUCCUCUUUGACAAAGUGCUGCGGGUGUUCCUUCGGGAGUGCUUGGGUGUUCGGGAGAAUGCCAAGGUGGUCAUCCAGAGCCGCAGUGACAUCUUGGAAUUCAUCUCCGGGAAGGGUGAAUGUGUGUUUACCUUCUUCACCAUCGACAGCCAGCCCCAUUAUAACUUGAGGAAACCAGCCAGCUUCCUCACUCAAUUACAUGAUCCAGAACCUCUGAGCACCAUGCAUCUCUUACGGAUGAGGAGCAAUCUAGAAACCCAGGGGCAGAUGACGGAAGAGCUGAGAAGCUGCAUGGAUCUCGCUCUCAGUGAGUAUCUCCAAGAGCCCAAGUUUGUCCAGGAGAAUGCAAGGAUGGUGAUCCAAUCCAGAGACAAAUUGCUGGAGUUUAUUUCAGGAAGGGGUGAAUGUCAAAUCUGUGUGUUCUUCUUUGCUAAUAGGGGAGCCCAAUAUGACUUCACAGCCUCGCAGUUCAUAAUGGUAGCUAGAAUGUUAAAUAGGAGAAGAGACACUAUACUCAACUUGAUCCUACAGUGGAUGAGACCACCAAUCCCAAAUUUAAUGCAAUUAAUUGGGGAGAUAAAUUGGCGCUGGUAAAAUUCAGCACCAAACCAAAAUUGGAGUGGGUCAUAAUGCUGGGAACAAACCUUGUUUUAUCAAAAAAACAGCUCAUAAAAAAUGUAAAUUGUCCUGGCAAAUUUUUCGACUUUUUUUGGAAUUUUCCAUUUUUUCGAUGAAACCUGUAAAACAGUGUUUUCCAUUUUUGAUUUUUGCAGUGUUUCCCUCCCCACUCCUUUGUCCAUAGCAAAAUGGGGGAACACAACUGAAAGCUGCUGUGGGUUUUAUUUUUGUGGGCAAGCAAAACAGCAUUAAUCUUUCUUCUUCUCUCUACCUAUAACAUCUGUAAAAAGAACAGGAGGACUUGUGGCACUUUGAGACUAACAGAUUUAUUUGAGCAUAAGCUUUUGUGAGCUACAGUGAAGCGACCUGUAGCUCACGAAAGCUUAUGCUCAAAUAAAUUGGUUAGUCUCUAAGGUGCCACAAGUCCUCCUUUUCUUUUUGCGGAUACAGACUAACACGGCUGCUCCUCUGAAACCUACAACAUUUGUGUGUUCCCCCUGCCUUUUCUCUGACCAUGAUCUUACCCCAGAGCCUGACCCCGAAGAGACUCAAAGUGAGCACCCCAAAAAUUGAGUCUUCUAAAAACCAGGGGCAGGUUUUUAAAAUUUGGGCCCCAUGUGACUGACCCAAAGAUCAUGUCCCAGGCUUGUGUCUUAAUCAUACGAUAUGUCCUUGCAAAGGCCUUACUAUAAUUGUGGAAGCUUAUUUGCCUGCCUUGUGAGAACACUACCAUAUAAGCAUAGGUGCUAGACACAAAUCUGCAAUAUUGUGCCUCAUGCCUCCGGUGUUCUGCACGCAACGAGGCUUCCUUAGGCGACUAACAUCUGGAAGUGUUUCCCAAUUUCCAGCCUCCAUUUCCCCUUCAGUCCAUUAAGCUAACUAAUUUUGCCUCCUCCUCGCUAUUUCUCCUUCAAAUCCCUGCAGAUGGUUAACCUGCCCCUCGCGUGUGACCCCUUCUGGAUAAAAAAAAAAAAAAACACAAGGCAAACCAACAUUGAUUAUUUUUGACAGUUCUUCUAAUUUUUAAGCCAAGUUUGUGAUUUUUGUUUUAAACGCCUGGCCCCUGAUUUUUGAACACUUAGCUCUGGCCGUGUUGCAGAUUGGACUCUUUCAAAAUGGCCCCUCGCACCUCCGCUUUUGUGACGCUUCUUAACAGUGCUUCCAGGUUCGCAGCAGCUAUUGUGAAGCAAAAUGUUCUUCAGACAGAAAAUACCUGUGUUAAAAUUCUCUGAAUGUAUGAUGUUUCACUAAAGCUGUCUAGAAGUCACACUAAAUCAACAGGUAAUUUCAAAUGUUGAACUGGGAGAAACUCAUUACACUAACUAAUCUUAGCACGCUAAAUAAGAGGAAACUGCUUCAACCACGGCAAAAGUUACUGUGAAAAAUCCCAAUUGUUUCAAAAAGUUCAAAGCCUAAAGUCACACAGAUUUUCUAGGGGAAAGAACGGCCAGUUUCCUUGAAAAAAGUGGAAGAAACUUUGGCUUGGCUUGUAAGCGAAAGAUUUCAUCGGCAUUUGAACUUUUGGUGAAAGUAGCACCAGUGUUUACAGCACCCGUGAAAUUCCAGAGAGAAAUGGCAUCAAAAUCGUCACCUGCACAUUUUGUUUUGGCUUUUGUGUUAUUAUUUGUAUUACCAUAGCUCAGAGAUGCUCCAGUCAUGGGCCAGAACCUCACGGUGCUAGGUCCGGUACACUCACAGAACGUAGGUGUGGCUUGGAAGGAUUUGCUUUGAUUUUUAUUGGUAAAUGUCGGUAAACAUCAACUUUACCGCACGCACAUAAAUGGAUGAAAAAACAAUUCCAUCAAUAAUAAUUGAAAUGUACAGAUAGGUGCAGUAAGAAACUUGGUACUUGAGAACUCAGUGGAGUUUGAUUUAAGGCUAUUUACUUUGUAUAUUUUGACAUGUGAUGCUGACAAAAACAGUUACAAAGCUUUAACUUUUUGAAUCCCAGCCUCUACUGUCAUUCAAUAAUUAUUGUCUGACCCCUCCCCCCCCCCAUUUUCCACAAUAGUGGCUAUUUAAAAUCAAUUUAAAAAAUGAAAAAUGCUUAAAAAUAAACUUUGAUAUUAUCCAUCAAAAUUAUCGAAUUCUUCCAUGCCUACAUAGGUGUGAUAGUUUUAUGCAUAUAAGCACCAAAGUUUGGCUCUGAGCCUCAGCCUCGCACGGUCAUUUUUUUGAGUGAAAUUGACAUUGUUUGAUAAUUCAGUAAUGUGUCAACAUUUCUAAAUCCUAGCUGACAAUCAUUUGGUUGAAGUGACAUAAGCAGUCCCAUAAUUUCACUGGCAAAUACACUUGAUUGGACAUAAAUAAGAAUCUCUAUUUAAGGAUCUGUAAUUCCAUGUUGAUAGCAAAAUCACCCGGCCAGACAAGCACACAACCAGGAUAAAUUUUGGGUCUGUGACAAAGGUGUGAUAAGUCCUUGCAUUAAUUGAACUGCCUUAUUAUCUCUUGAAAAUUGUAAUGUCCUUUGCAAAGCUCCAUGUUUUUGACAUUGUGAACACUACCUUCUAACCAUCUGUGUAUUGCUUUCUGUUAUUUCUCCUUGGCUUUUGAAAUCACCCUAGCUAAUAAAAUUCAUC